AUAGGGGUGAUCGGCCAGUCGUAGCAGACGAUUCGUUUGCGUCCUUUCGUUUAGCUUGUGCGACAGUUACAUUCAUUACGGUUUCGGCCACGUUACGAUCUUUUCAUAUCCUACGGUUUCUCACUAAGCCUGCGUAAUGCUGUCUAAGAACUCGGCUUUUAUUGCCGCCCUCUCGGCGACGUCGGCCCUCGCUACUUAUACGAAAGACUACAAACUAAACGCCUACUGGGGCCAAGCCGGUCCCAGCACCUAUCAUCUUUCGGAGGUCUGCAAGUCUGAUAGCAUCGACUACAUCACCGUUGCCUUCGUGAACAACUCACCGGAAAAUGGGGGCGACACUGGCUAUCCCGGUACCAACUUUGCUGCUCACUGCGCGGCUGAGGUGUAUGAGAAGGAUGGUCAGAAGUCCAAGCUUCUGAGCGAAUGUUCCUUCAUCAAGGAGGACAUUCAGAAGUGUCAGAAUCUAGGCAAGAAGGUUCUGUUGUCGAUCGGAGGCGAGUACUCCGCUGCCAGCAACUACUCGGUCUCGACUAUUACGAAGGGCCUUGAGUUUGCCGACUUCCUCUACAAGGCUUUCGGUCCCUUCAAGAAGGGCUACAACGGACCACGACCCUUCGACAAGAGUGCUACGGACCACACCACCAUCGAUGGCUUCGAUUUCGAUAUCGAGCAUAAGUUCGCCGAUCAGCAGCCGUAUAUCGCGGUAGUGAACCGCCUUCGCGAGCUCAUUCACAAUGACAAGCAGAACAUCAUCCUUACUGCUGCUCCUCAGUGCCCGCAAUCCGAGGAGUACUUCCAGAUGAAGACCAUUCUUCAGAAGGCGCAGUUUGACAAGAUCUGGAUCCAGUUCUACAACAACCCGGCUUGCGACGCUACUACUAGCGCCUUCAACUACGAUGACUGGGAGAAUUUUAUUGCCGGCGGCGUCAAUAGCGGCGCCGAGCUCUUCAUCGGUCUUCCUGGCAGCGUUCUCGCCAGCACAUUCGGUAGUGGCUACAUCACCCCCAAUCGCGCGCAGGAGAUCGUCUGCAAAUACAAGACCAGGAGCCACUUCGGAGGUGUUAUGCUGUGGGAUGCGUACUACGCGUCUGUGAACCUAGACCUGGCGGGAAAUGCAUACUAUGACUCGGUCGCUGCGGCCCUGCGAUGCGGCGGCUGCUCUGGUGAUAUCUGCCCCCCUGAGACGACAACAAGCUCGACGAUAUCUUCGACGACGACUACGUCUACUAGCUCUUCUACUACGUCCACUAGCUCCACCUCGUCUACCACCAGCUCCUCUACCAGCUCCACCACGUCCACUAGUUCCUCCACUAGCUCAUCCACCACCAGCUCCUCCACCGCCAGCUCCUCCACCAGCUCGUCUACCAGCUCCUCCGCUUCUUACGUCGUCUCCUCUACGACCUCCACGUCCAGCUCCACUUCCAGCACAAUCACCAGCAGUACCUCGAGCUUCGAUUACCCUACUGCAUCGAGCACCGCCACGACGUCAAGCUCGACUAGCAGUUCUGAAAUUAUCAGCAGCUCCGAAACCGCUAGCAGCUCCGCGACUAGCAGUUCCGCGAUCACUAGCAGCUCUGUAGCUACUAGCACCUCUGCGGCUACUAGCAGCUCCGCGACUACCAGCAACUCUGCUAGUGCUGGUAGCUCAGAGACUGCCGGCUCGACAACCUCCAGCUCGACGAGCACCGACAGCUCAUCGAGUGCUUUCUCCUCCACCGCCACAUCGACCUCGGGCUCGUCGCACCCGACGCUCUCGGGCACCGGUUCGGGUUCCGCAAGCGCGACCGUCACCUCCAGCGCCAGCGUCAUCAAGUAUCCCGUCGCGAACUCGACUCUACCGAGCUUCAUCACGAGCAGCACCUCGGUCAAGUACACGGCGAGCACCGUCUACACCACGACGACAUACACGGUGACGUCGUGCGCGCCGACCGUGACCGACUGCCCGGGCAAGGGCACCGUCGUGACGGAGACGAUCCCGCUGUACACGACAGUGUGCCCGGUGACGGAGACGGCAACGGAGCCGACGGGCGCGCCCUCGACGGUCACGAGCACGCAGUACGUGACCAAAGUCAGCGCGGUCUCAUCCUCGUCUGGCGCCGGCAAGCCCACCCACACGCCCGUCAAGUAUCCCGUCGGCGACAGCGGCAACGACCACGGCGGCCACGACUUCGAGGCGGCCAAGUCGAAGACGACGACGCCCAAGCCCUACGACACGGCCAUCCCCACCCCGCCCGUCUACCUCCCCAGCACCCUCACCGUCUCCGUCUACCCGACGCACAAAGGCGGCUACGCCAACAGCACCACCGCCAAGACGACGCUGACUACGCCCCCCUACGGCGCCGGCACAGGAUACCCCCACGUGACCCUGUCGGCGACCAGCACCACCGUCGUGCCCACCGCGCCCAUCGUGACCGCUGGCGCGGCGAGGGCCGCCUCCCUCAGUCUCGGCCUGCUGGCCGUUGUGGCUUUCAUGCUAUAGUAGGGCGUGUAGGUUUGACGAGAGAGGGAUAGAUGAGAAGGGGUGUACGGACGGGAUUAGUAUCUGCUAUGUUAACGUGCUGACGGGUUUAAUGGAGAAUGUCUUGUAUACCUAUACAGCCGGGACUCUGAUUCCGAUGUGUUCGUAGGUAGGUAUAUAGGAACGAAGGGAGUUGAUAUGCUUCAAAACGCGGCUCCCGCCAUCAUGGCCCGGGAAGCCAAUUUUCAUACCUACGUGGUUGUAACCUAGAUAUCAAUAAUUGUUAUCUGGUGGCGAGCAGAGUUGAUCGUAAAUGGGUUUGUGCGAGGGAGCUACGCGGUCAGAGCCUAACCCCUCUCUUCCGAACAUAUAUCAUAUCAUAUGGGUACAGUAAGUACGGGUUGCAUUUCGGCAACGCCUCACCAAUUUUAUCCUCCAACUCAGGAGCAAAAAUCAA